AUGUCUUCCAAAUCCCCAUCUCAACCUACACGACCGUCAACCCUCCCCUUGAUACCCCAACAACCACAUUGGACAAGACCGCCACCUUCUCCACCAUCACAUACCCCCUUGACCUCAUCAUUUCCUCGAGAUGCUACACUAGCGCUAUCAUCGCUAUCAAUCAGUCAGCAGCCUAUACCGCUACCUACACCUUCCCCUGGCCCACUCGGGUCAACCCAAACAUCCACUAAGAACGGUAACACUCUAAGUCCACCUACACCCGCGCCCAGUCCGAGCCCAGCGGAUAGAAGGGCAUUCAGACAAGAUGAAAGCUCGGACGAAGAAAUGGUAGGGCAAAUGUGGAAAGGGAAAGGUAAGGGUAAACAGAGCGAUGUGCGAGACCCUCAAGGACUCUUACAUUCCUUCACUACUUUAUCACCGUCUCAACGAUUCACCUUUCUAAAUUCAUUGAUUGGUGAAUUGAGGUUAAACGAGGCGUUGGUCGUAUCACGUAAGAUCGAGCCCCUGUUGAGACGUGAUUUCCUAAGAGAAUUACCAGCAGAAUUGGCAUUGCAUUGUCUGAGCUUCGUUGAUGAGCCUAGAACUCUAGCUCGAGCAGCUCAAGUAUCAAAUUACUGGAACCAACUAUUACAAGAUGAACAAACGUGGAAAGACUUAUUUGAUAGACACAAUUUCCCUAAUCCCCCUCCACCAACUUCUUUCUUCAAUAGUAAUAGACCUUCGAUCGGUAUAAGAAGAAGAAGUACUCAGACGUCCGGUUCUUUUCCUACUACCAGUAAUGUCAAAAAUUCCAGCAUAGUAGCAGUGGCUGUUGCGCAGACGCCAGAUGGAUCCCAUUCUCAAUCGUAUAUCAAAAGAGCGACACCUUUCGGAUUUGAAAGAAGGGUAUUGAACUUGGCUAGUAGUAGUACCACUUUGGCCUCGAGGUUGAAGGAAAAGGAAAAUGGCACAUUCAAAAAUAGAUUUAAGAAUGCUUAUCUGACGGAAUCGAACUGGCUAUCUGGUGGUCGAAAAUUGGCCAAUCACAUAUCGACCGACGACGCAGUAGUGACGACGCUCUGUUUCGACGAUUCGCACAUCGUCGUCGGAAUGGCAAACAACAAGAUUCACGUAUUUGAUGCAGUCACUGGAACGUACCUGCGAUCAUUACUGGGACAUAGACAAGGUGUCUGGGCAAUGGUUUUGGUAUCUGCUUCUCCCAACGGGGAAGAAUCAGAUGAAGAUGAAUCUCAAGAUCUUCUGGGUGGCAGUGGGAAUAACAACAAUACGACAUAUACCUGGACAAAAGCUUCAGAUACUUAUAGGGAUAAUGGUCAAUCUAGAAGAUCAUCUUUCGCUGGUGGACCUACGACCGAACGUCAUCCACCUUUAUCCACAUCUUCUUCUGCAGGUUCAUUUGCUUUCGGUCUGAAUUCCAAUUUACCAGGCGGUAUCUUCGCCAAUAAUCAGAUAUCAGAUUAUCAGUAUCAACCUAUCAGACCGAACACCGCUAUGGGCUUUUCAUCCACCAACUCAUCUUCCCAUAACAAUCAUAAUGGAUUAAUGGGAUUGGGUAUUGGUGGCAAUGAACAUAAAAGCUACUCAAAUGCCGAAUCUUGUACCUACAAAGACGGGGGAGGAGAAGGUAAGAAGCAGCGAUCGAGUGAUCCCUGCGGAUGUGCAAGAGGGUGGAAGGGAAAUAAAAACAAUCUGGUGGUUUCGGCAGGAUGCGACAAAGAAGUGAAAGUGUGGAAUUUAGAUACAGGAGAAUUGAUUCAUUCGAUGAGAGGUCAUAGAUCUACUAUAAGAUGUUUGAAAGUACUUGAUCGAAGACCCAUUGCCAUCUCGGGAUCAAGAGAUCAUACACUUAGAGUAUGGGAUAUUGAGAAUGGUUUCCUCUUACAUGUUUUGGAAGGACAUGAUGAAUCUGUACGUUGCGUCGAGAUAGCUGGGAAUAAAGCUGUAUCUGGAAGUUACGAUUACACGUCCAAAAUAUGGGAUCUGGAUACGGGCGAGUGUCUCCAUACCCUCAGAGGACAUUAUCACCAGAUAUACUCGGUCGCAUUUGAUGGGCAGACCGUGAUUACGGGUAGUUUGGAUAGUACGAUCAGGGUGUGGAGUGGAGCCACUGGUGAAUGCCUAGCCCUUCUUCAAGGUCAUACCGCUCUCGUCGGUCAACUACAACUCUCCUCCAACCGCCUCAUCACAGGUGGAUCAGACGGCAGAGUCAUCAUAUUCGACCUCAACAACUUGUCGACCCUCCACCGUCUAUGCGCGCAUGACAAUUCCGUGACGUGUCUCCAAUUCAACGAUAAAUUCAUAGUGUCCGGUGGGAAUGACGGCAGAGUGAAACUAUGGGAUGUCAAGUCCGGUAGGUUCAUUAGGGAACUUACUAGACCUUGUGAUGCUGUUUGGAGGAUUGGGUUCAGGUCCGAUCGAGUGGUAUUGCUCUGUCAGAGGGAGGGCAGAACGUGUUUGGAAGUAAUUAGUUUUAGACCUGGUGAAGGGGAGAGUAGUAGGUCCAGAUAG